AUGCGAUUCCACGAGACACCGUCGUCGCUGACCCCGCUCCUCACCGCCCUCUUCUCGCGAUCCGUUGUUGCAGGGCUCUUGCCCGACUUCCUCCAGAGUUUUGAAGACCUUCAAGAUAUCGAGAAGAGAUGUGACAACCCAUGCGGAUACUACGGCCAGCUAUGCUGUGAAGCUGGUCAAGUCUGCUAUACCGAUGCCAACAACGAGGCCCAGUGCGGAGCUGGAACCACGACAACCGCCUCAGGACAAUGGGAAUAUACCACUGUAACGUUUGUUCAGACAGAUCUCAAGACCGUCACCUCUACCUACAGCUCUUUUGUGCCUGUCAGCACCAUCAGCUGUUCAUACUCCCUGGGCGAAACUCCCUGCGACAGCGUUUGCUGUUUGUCGGGACAGUUCUGCCAAUCUCCGGGAGUCUGUGUAGCUGUGGGUGGGGGAAGUUCUGGAUACUAUAGCAGCCUCUAUACCGUGACAACAGUUAUUACCAACACAGCCAGCGCCCCACUCCGACCUACCAGCAACACUCUGGUCACCGUAACGAGCAUCGGAGGUGCCACUACCACAGCACCUUUCCAGACGCCUGUCGGAACGGACGGCAGCAUCAUUGUUGGACCGUCAUCCAGUUCCGGCGGUGGGUUGAGUGGCGGCGCAAUUGCCGGCAUUGUGAUUGGCGUCAUUGCUGGCAUCUUCCUCCUCAUCCUGUUCUGCGCCUGCUGCAUCUUCAAAGGACUGAUUGACGGGCUGUUGGCCAUUUUCGGCCUCGGACCAAGACGAAGACGUACGGAAGAAGAAGUCUAUGUCGAAAGACACUCGCACCGGGACGGAAGAGGACGAAGGACAUGGUUCGGAACAAGACCCGCGAGAAGCGAGGUCGUGGAAGAAAAGAGGAGAAGCGGAUGGGGAACAGCAGGCUGGAUGGCUGCAGCAUUAGGGGCUCUAGCCCUGUGGCUUGGUCUGAAGAGGAGGAAUCGACGUGACGAUAAGAGCAGCUCUGGCUAUGGCUCCUCUUACUUUUCUGACUACACGGUAUCAAUGAAAGCUCUUCAGAUCGAAGAACGAGGCGAAGCAGCAGAUCAAGGUCGAGACGAUGAAAUGUAG